AAAUUCGAGAUGCGUGGAAGGGUUGUCUUCAUAGACGAUCUUUGACGGGCAGUGUUGCCGUGACGCGGCUCGCGGAUGGUUGUGGAGAAUCUUUCGCAUCUUCUCUGCUGUCUGGAACUUCUACCUGACCGGAAAGGCUGACCCUCUGAAGGGAACAUGGACGUGGACGGGAGCUCCCAGGCUCCCACUGAUGUCCGGAGAUGAGGCUCUGCGUCCUCAGGUCACAGCAUGAGCAUCCAGAACCUGGGAGGAGCUCUGGGCGAGUCCCUUGGUUCUAGCCUGACGGUGCACAUGAGCGGGGCAGGAGGCGGGUGGAGUGCUCUGUCGGUGCGUGUGGCCUCUGUUUUUCAGACCAUGGUUCCUACAGGUUACACCAGACUGCAGGAGGAGCGCCUGGCCAUGGUGGACCUCGGCGCCAAGCCCGAGGCGGCCUCACUGCAGAACUGCUUCAGGCAGGAGACCUCUCACCUGGAAGGAAGGCGGAUCCUCGACCGAGCUUCUCGCUCGUCCGUGACUCUAUCUGACUGUGGAGAUGGAGGCUACUCCGAGAUGGAGCCCAUGCUGGCUGAGCGGAGGCUCUCCGGAGAGGACUCGGAUAAGGAGGAAGAGGAGGAAGACUGUGAAGAGGAGGGGCACCGGUCGGAUGCGCUGAAUAUGCCCAAGGAGUCGCCUCUUGCUAUGGCGUUACAGAUUUUGGUGCCUUUCCUUCUUGCUGGAUUUGGAACUGUAUCAGCUGGAAUGGUGCUGGACAUCGUUCAGCACUGGGAGGCCUUCCAGUACAUCACAGAGAUCUUCAUCCUGGUACCCGCCUUGCUCGGCCUGAAGGGAAACCUGGAGAUGACUCUGGCUUCCAGGCUGUCCACGGCGGUAAACGUGGGGAAAAUGGACUCUCCUAUAGAGAAGUGGAAUCUGAUCAUUGGUAACCUGGCACUCAAACAGGUUCAGGCCACUGUGGUGGGUUUCCUGGCAGCUGUUGCAGCUGUGGUUCUUGGCUGGAUCCCAGAAGGAAAGUUCCAGAUGAGCCACGCUGUUCUGCUGUGCUCCAGCAGCGUGGCCACGGCCUUUAUAGCCUCACUACUGCAGGGUAUCAUCAUGGUGGGGGUAAUCGUGGGCUCCAAGAAGACUGGGAUCAAUCCAGACAAUGUGGCCACACCCAUCGCAGCCAGUUUUGGUGACCUCAUAACCUUGGCUAUCCUGGCGUGGAUUAGCCAGGGCCUCUACAAGUGCCUGGAUUCCUAUCCAUAUGUGUCGUCGUUGGUUUGCGCCUUCUUCAUGUGUCUGACUCCGGUGUGGAUUGUCAUCUCCUCCAAGCAUCCGGCCAGCCGCACCCUUCUGUACUCCGGAUGGGAGCCGGUCAUCACCGCCAUGGUCAUCAGCAGCAUUGGAGGCCUCAUUCUGGAUAAAACUGUGUCUGACCCCAAUCUGGUCGGCAUUGUGGUGUACACCCCGGUUAUCAACGGAAUUGGUGGAAAUUUAGUGGCCAUUCAGUCCAGCAGGAUAUCCACUCACCUCCAUUUCCACUGCGCUCCUGGGGAAGUUCCUGAUGAGGCCAAAGGCUGUUACUACCCCUGCCGCACGUUCUGUGGCUCAGGAGCAAACCAUCGCUCCGCUCAGGUGCUGGUUCUCUUAGUAAUUCCUGGUCACCUGAUCUUCCUGUACACGAUCCACCUGAUGAAGAGCGGCCACACCACUCUGACGCCCAUCUUCAUGUCCGUCUACCUGGCCGCUGCUAUGCUGCAGGUGCUGCUGCUUCUAAGCAUAGCAGACUGGAUGGUUCACUCAAUGUGGCGCAGCGGCAAAGAUCCAGACAGCUUUUCCAUUCCGUACCUGACCGCUCUGGGCGACCUGCUGGGCACGGCGCUGCUCGCCCUCAGCUUCCACUUCCUGUGGCUGAUCGGGGACCAGGACGGCGACGUGGGCGACUGAAACGACCUUCAGGGACGAUGGGAACAUUAGCUCCUCCUGACCAGAAGAAUGCUAACCAGAUGAACCCAAACUUUGUAUUAUUUUUUUUCAUCUCGUGAAAAAAAAAACUUUAUUUUAGCUUUCUUUUAUCUGUUCUGUAUGGUACAAGUGUAUACGAUUUACACCAAAGCGCUUCUCUAUUCAUUGAAUACUAGUUAUUCUACAGGCCCCAUCUACUAGAUGGAGGUUGGAGGAAACUUCUCAUGGAUUAUAAAAUCUUUUAAUUCAGUCAACUCUUAAAAAAUAAAUGUUAUUAAUAAUGAAAAUAUUACAAAAGUGUAAUUUCAGCAGGAGAUUCUUCAAAGCACCCCUACAUUCAAAUCAGAUCAGUUUGUGAUUAAUUUGAACCAUAAAAAUAGUAAAAUUAUCUUUCCAAGUUUGUUAUAGCCACUUUUUAUUUUUCAUGAUUAAAGUGUCUUGCUGAGUCAGCGUUUCUGAUCUGUUGCUCAUAGUGACACCUCAGACUCCUUUGAAUAUCAAAUUCUCCCAUUUAUCUGUUUUUUUUUUGUUUUUUUUUUAAGUCUUAAGGGGCAAAGCUGUGACAGGAAAUCUGAAUAUCUUUUUUUGACCAAAGUCAAAGCAUUUCUUCAACGCCUCAGGAGACUAUUAUAUUUUUUGACACGGAGGAGAAAAAAAAAAGCCAAAUGAUCUUUACUGAUGGAAAUAAAAUAAAGAAGUGUCAUGACUUUUAUAUUAUAUCUGCUGUUUUUUUUUUUUUUUUUUUAAACUUUUAAUAUUUUGAUCAAAUGAUUAACCUGCUGGUGGAUCCUGAGUCAGAUUAUGAAGGAUGCUGGGAGCUCUCUUCUUCACAGCAAACCUGUUGGCACUUAUGUCUUCCAGACUGAACAUUUACAAGUUUAGAGGGGAGGGGGGUAUUUAAUCCAAAUGAUGAGAUUGUCAAAACUGUUUUGGAAAGUGUGUACGUUUACUGUGUGUCUUCUUAUUAUUAAUCAACAAUGCAAAAAAAAAAACAAAAAUCUGUAUCUGUAAGAAACUUUGAUGACAAUUUUGCAAUUCUGAUCAUUUUGCCUUGCCAAGAAAUAUUUCCUUUUUUUUAAAUAAAACAAAUGUUAAUAAAAAAUAUACGAAUCAUA